AUGAGCUUUGGGCUUCGUCACAACAGUACAUAUGUCUUUGUCAAUUACGCCCUCAAAACCCGUCUACGGCUCCCAAAUGAUAAUUACGAACAGCCACUCAUCAGUAUGAGUUCACCUAAGGACCAUCCUGCCAUCGACAGCGAAAAGUGGAAAGCAAUAUCCGGUCCAGGCGGCCAAUAUCAGUUUUUGAAUGCGAAAUUCUCUACCUACAUCACUAGUAGGAUCCCUCUCGAGGAAGAUGGAGAGGUUGUAGGGCGGGUAUCUGGUGCUAUAGAUUCAAUCUGGUGGUUUGUGGAGAACCUGUCGAGCCACGGUCCCGACGCCUAUGUGUAUAGUGGUUUUAUCAACUCGUAUUUGCUCCCCUCUAAUCUCACGCAUUUCAUUAGCAUAAGGCCUUCCUCACAACCAAAUCUUUGCUGGAGUCUGAUAAGCGGGGAGGAUGAGACACCAGAAUUCACGCCGAAUCCUGAGAAUAUAUGGCAGGUUGUGCAGAUUGACAUACCUGGUCAAGCUAUACAGGAGCAUUUCAAUGCUGGUAAUACACUACGUCGAAGUUAUUCCAACCAGGAAGAUGCAAAAGAAGACAUCGACCCCGAUGGAUUCGCGCUUGUUGCCCAUUACAUUCAUUCAGCCACAGUGGAUAGCACGAAGAAGGUGGAGAUGAUAUCGCAGGUCAUGACUGAUCUCGAAUCACACUCAUCGAACAGUUCCAAUUAUACUCAUACUCAAAGUCGAGAGUCUUGUGAUCAAAAUCAUGCACCGGAACACACUGCCGGCUAUAUCACUGUGCUUGCAUUGAUUAAUGCUUUCGUUCGGUCUUCCGAUUUCGACGCCGACGAGAAGGUUAAGAACAUCGAUACCAUCCUCUCUCUGAAAGAUGCCGGCGUGCUUUUGCCACCCUUGCCAGAGGCAGAAAAUAUAUCUCAAUAUUUCGUAACCACUCUGGAUUAUGUUUGUGCAUUCAUCAAGGGCUAA